GUGGUAGAUACUUGCAAAACGUGGAGACUUUGUUGUUUCGUGUAGUCUUCCAUCGACACUUUAGAAUCUAGAAAAUCUUAUCCCAAUUUUGGUCAUCUGGGUUUUUAAUUAUCAUUAUUCCUACUCUUUUGACGCUUUGUUGUCGUUAAAGGUAUUUGAUUCUCAUCUUUGCGCCGAAAAAGAGUAUUCUGCGGACCUUUUGCCAACUCAGUUAUUUUCUGCAAACGAGCUGGGUACGUCGUAAAUAGUUAACGGUUCAUUCAAGGGCAACGAGGAAUAAGAAUGGAAAAUCCACCGAAUCAAACGAUCUAUAUAAAUAACCUCAACGAGAAGGUCAAGAAGGAGGAAUUGAAGAAGUCGCUGUAUGCCAUAUUUUCACAGUUUGGUCCAAUUUUAGACAUUGUAGCACUGAAAACUCUCAAAAUGAGGGGUCAGGCUUUUGUAGUAUUUAGAGACUUGCCGAGCGCCACCAAUGCUCUGCGCUCUAUGCAAGGGUUUCCAUUUUAUGACAAACCAAUGAGAAUACAGUAUGCCAAAAGCAAGUCUGAUGCUGUCGCAAAAAAAGAUGGAACAUUUGUACAGAGGGAGAAAAAACCCAGAGAGAAGAGAAAGGCUCCAGAACAAGCAAAGCCUGCCAAGCGACAGCCAGCAGCCCAAGCAAAUCCAACAGCUGUGGUUCAGCCUUUAGUUGCCCCAGUUGCACCAAAUGCCAUCCCAACUCCAGUGCAGGUUGCUGUGGCAGCACCCGAACAGCCCAACAGUAUUUUGUUCUUGACAAACCUGCCCAUGGAGACAACAGAAAUUAUGUUGUCUAUGUUGUUCAACCAGUUUCCGGGAUUCAAAGAAGUUCGCUUGGUACCAGGACGUUCAGACAUUGCUUUUGUGGAGUUUGAGAAUGAAUUGCAAUCUGGAACAGCUAAAGAUUCUUUGCAGGGAUUCAGAAUUACUCCAUCAAAUGCCAUGAGGAUUACCUAUGCUAAGAAGUAAUUGGCAUUAAACUCAGUUCUUUUAACAUAUUCCAUGAGAAUGCCAUUGUAUACAGCCUUUUUAUUGUCAGAAUUUUUUGUUGUCAUUAGACCUGGUUCAACUUGUGUUAGGACAUGUUGUUGGGGUUAAGUGUCACAGGGCAUGUGCUUGCUCUUUUAAAUCUGAACUACAUCAUGGUUAAAGAUUGUGACAAAGACUUCUUAAUCCUAUUGUGAAAUUUUAAUCCUGAUCUUUUUAUAAGCUCAUUACAGUUAGUGGAACAUAAGAGACUUCAUGAAUGAUAAGAGUAAUUAUCUAGUAUUAGUGGCAUUGCACCUUACUGCUGCGAUAGUUAGAUUGUAUUAGCAGCAUUGCACACAGCUGCAUUUUACUUUUUCUGUUCUUAUUCAGAUUGCAGCAUUGCACAUAGCUGCAUUAUUGUAUGAUAAAUUUGUAUUGUCAUCAUUUCAACAUUUUUCUAUGGAAUUAACCUUAUUUUUCUUUUUAGAGCAGAAGAUAAGGUUUUCUUGUUUGGCUUUGUUUUAGAUUGCAGCAUUGCACAAAGCUGCAUUAUCUCUACUAAAUAUAGUAUAUUGAGCUGAUUCACUGUUAGCAUUGCACUUAAGCUGAAGUGAUAGAACAUGAUACGUUGUCCCAGCAUUGCACUUGGCUAGGGGCCAGUCAAUGAUGCUACACUACCGUGCCUUUUCUGUUGCAACCCAUCCAGGGCUAGUAGAAGCGAUAAAGAAGUCAAUGCUUGUUUUAGCAAAAACUGUCUCCAUUAAAAUGACUUUUCUUGGCAA